GACAGGUGCAGUGACAGCACUUUAUUGACGUUUAGAAUAUCGACCUAAAAAUAAACAAUAAAUUCACCGGUUAUUUAAAGUUUUCAGAACUUAUAAAACAAUGCGAAGUGUUUAGCUAAUCGAAUGUAGCCGAUAUUAAAUUAAUCAACAUGGCUUUCUCUCUUUUCUGUGCUUUUGUUGCCGUUUUUUACGGCGUGUUAUUGUUUUUUGAUUUAUUUUUCAAGAGCUGCAUGCACUACCCUUACUUUGCAUUUAUGGAACACACAGGACUUAAAGUUGGAUUUUUCAAUUUUACAUGGACAACCACAGCAUUCAACCGCUUUCUGCUGCGGCGGCGCGGCAAGCGGACAACGCGAUUCCUGCAAAAGUUCUUCACUUUCGGCUCUUUCAUUACCAUUGUGGCAUUCCUACCAUUUUCCUUAUGGACUAUAAUUCGCGUCCCUCUCAACGAGAUGGCUCCAGAUCUCACUGAGAAGACAACUGUGACGGCUAUCGUCCCUGGCGUCAACCUUCCCUUAGACGACUUUUGGAUCUACUUCAUGUCCAUAGCAGUGAGUACUGUGCUGCACGAAUUUGGCCAUGCACUAGCAGCUGUCAAUGAAGAUGUCCAACUACUAUCAUUUGGCAUCACUGUGUAUGCUAUAUUACCAAUGGCUUAUGUUCAGCUGAAUACUGACCAUUUGAACAGCUUGUCUAUAAACAGAAGACUGAGGAUAUACUGUGCUGGAGUGUGGCACAAUCUAGUCACAGCACUGAUUGCACUGCUACUGUUCCUAGCUACACCUACAUUGUUCAGUUUAGCAUAUAAAAGCAACUUAGGUGUUAGAGUUACGGGUAUACCUGACUAUUCCCCAUUGAAAGGAGAAAGAGGAAUAGGCCACGAAGAUGUCAUAACGUCUCUGAAUGGCUGCAAAGUCAACAAUGCACUUGAUUGGAGAAAUUGCCUUAUGAAGUCUCAUGAGAGAUAUGGCUUGUGUAUAACAGCUGAGUAUAUUUCACAAAAUGAUGAGAUGAUAGUUGAAGCAUACCAGCAUGAUAAUGCGUAUGUGUGCUGUAAACUGAACUACAUGGAUAGCCUCUGCUUUGAGUAUAUUGAGCCCAAGACUGUAGAUGCUGAUGUGGUGGUUCUCCCUGGUCAGUUCUACUGCCUAGAGCCUAGGAAGAUUGUUGAGAAUAGCUACCAACUGUGCACCGAGGCAGAUGAGUACCGGUGCAAGAAGAAUCACCACUGUUUGAGGCCGAGCCUGAACAAUGCAACAUAUUUGUUGAUUUUACAAAGACAGCAGUACCACCCUGUCUUGUACUUGGGGACUCCACGAGAGUUGGAAGUGCUCACUGUAGACCAAUAUUUCCCGAGACUGAAUGUGCUGUCACUGUUCUCCCCUAAACAGUUUGAGAGGUUUACAUACUUUGUAUUCAUUUUCUCAAUGGGCAUAGGAUUUCUGAAUGUCAUCCCCUGUUAUGGGGCUGAUGGCCAUCAUAUAGCUAGGAAUUUAAUCCAAUUAUUGGCUCAAUAUUUGAACAAAGAUAGUAAUUUUGUGACGCUUUAUACAAUGAUAACAAUUAUUUUUGGUACAAUUGUUACUUGGGUGUCUUUGUUUUAUUUGUUUUUGAGAGCAAUCAUGCAGAGUGGUCUAGACUAGCUGAGUUUGUAUGGCUGUAUGUGUAAGGGGUGUCACAGUAGCAUUUUUACGAGACACAAAGGAUUGUGUGUAUGGUGCUUACAUUAAAAUAGCUUUAUUUGAAGUAGGCGGCAUUUAUUUAUUUUAACUAGGUGCCUAUGUAAAUUAUUGGUUAAAAUAAAUAACUUUUAUACUUA